GAUCUGCUUCCCCCAGGGUAAGAAGAAGGAAGACCUGAGUGUUCUGUAGCAUGGGCAUGAAGACAGAGGCUCUGAGCAACUUUACAAAGAGGAAACCAUUCCCCUCCCCCCUCAGUAGGGAAGGCCCCUUCAGCCCCAGAUGGCUGAGGUCGCGAGUCCACUCCUGAUUACUCAGCCACACCCAAGAUCCUGCUACUACUCCAGUUCCUGGCUCCACCUGCGUCACUGUUGCAAUGACUUUCUGGUCAUAGUAAACGAAAGUUAAUAAAGGUGGCCCGUCGGGGAGCAGAACUGUCCAUUUGGCUGCCGAGGAAGCCAGUAGCUGGAACUGUGCCUGACAGCCCAAAGCCGAGCACCAAAAGACCUGACAAGGCUUAUACCCCGAGGAGGAAGAUGGCCGAACUCAACACUCAUGUGAAUGUCAAGGAGAAGAUCUAUGCCGUUAGGUCGGUUGUUCCGAACAAAAGCAACAAUGAGAUCGUCCUGGUGCUGCAGCAGUUUGAUUUUAAUGUGGAUAAAGCCGUGCAGGCAUUUGUGGACGGCAGUGCAAUUCAAGUCCUUAAAGAAUGGAACAUGACAGGAAAAAAGAAGAAUAAUAAAAGGAAAAGAAGCAAAUCCAAGCAGCACCAAGGCAACAAAGAUGCUAAAGACAAGGUGGAGAGGCCAGAGGUGGGGCCUCUGCAGCCCCAGGUACCACCGAUGCAAAAUGGCCACAUGAAUGGCUGUGAGAAGGACAGCUCAUCCCCUGACUCCGCCAAAGAAAAACUGGCCCUCACUCCACGUGAGAAAAAGAUCUCCAUACUGGAGGAACCGUCAAGGGCCCUUCGAGGGAUCUCAGAAGGCAGACUACUGCAACCGAAAAUGUCCUUAGAUGGGAACCCCAAACCUAUUCAUGGACCCUCAGAGACGGCAGAUGGCCUCCAGUGGUCAGCUGGGCAGCCUUGUAACCCAAGCAAGCCUAAGGCAAAAACAUCUCCUGUUAAGUCCAAUGCCCCUGCAGCUCAUCUUGAAAUAAAGCCAGAUGAGCUGGCAAAGAAAAGAGGCCCAAAUAUUGAGAAAUCAGUGAAGGAUUUGCAGCGCUGCACUGUUUCUCUAACCAGAUAUCGAGUCAUGAUCAAAGAGGAAGUGGACAGUUCUGUGAGGAAGAUCAAAGCAGCUUUUGCUGAAUUACACAACUGCAUCAUUGACAAAGAAGUUUCACUAAUGGCAGAAAUGGAUAAAGUUAAAGAAGAGGCCAUGGAGAUCCUAACUGCCCGUCAGAAGAAAGCGGAAGAGCUGAAGAGACUGACUGAUCUAGCCAGUCAGAUGGCAGAGAUGCAGCUGGCCGAACUCAGAGCAGAGAUUAAGCACUUUGUCAGUGAGCGCAAAUAUGAUGAAGAGCUGGGGAAGGCCGCCCGCUUCUCCUGUGACAUCGAACAGCUGAAAGCCCAAAUCAUGAUCUGCGGAGAAAUCACACAUCCAAAGAACAACUAUUCCUCAAGAACCCCCUGCAGCUCCCUGCUGCCUCUGCUGAACACCCAUGCAGUAGCUUCCGGGAAACAAGGGAACUUUGCCCGGAAAUCAUCCGGUCACAACAAGCCCUCUGAGGGGAAAGCGGCAAACCAGAAAAUGGUGAGCGGUCUUCCCAGCACUGCGGACACUUGUCACCAGGCCAUGCCCACUAACAAGCAGCAGAAUGGACCUUCUAGCCAAAGACGAAGAUUUAAUCCCCAGUAUCACAAUAGGCUAAAUGGUCCAGCCAAGUCACAGGGUGGUGGUAAUGAGGCUGAUCCCAUGGCGAAGAGUAACAACCGACAUGAACACAGAAGACAGCCGCACAAUGGCUUCCGUCCGAAAAACAAAGGUGGUGCCAAAAACCAAGAAGCCUCGUUGGGGACAAAGGUCCCAGAGGCCCCAACACAUUCUGAAAAGGCCCGUCGAAGGCAGCAUGUUGCAGACAACUCAGAGGCCAGGCCAUUCCGGGGUAAUGUCGGUAGGGUUUCACAGUGCAAUCUUUGUCCCACAAGAAUAGAAGUUUCCACAGAGGCCACCGUUCUCUCAGUCCCAGCUGUGACGUUGGUGGCCUGAGCUGGAAAAAGAGAAGAGCAGGUUUUGCCUGGUUUUGGUUCCCUGCCCAAGGUGCUGACCCAAUUCGCUGCCAAAAGAGAGUCAAUCAGAAUAUACAAAUCCCGUAUGUUUGUGUCAUUCUCUCGCGAUCAUUUUUACCAGUUCCUAUACUCUGCUCUAGCUUGCUUCAUAAUUCCCAUGGCUUUGCUUGAUCUGUUGUUGCUUCUCCUCAUCAAGACUUUGCAUCAUUUUAGCCAGGCAGUAUUUACUCGUUGUUAGGAAAAUCGCGAUGUGGCUGAAGAUCAGAGGCUCCGUGAGCAACCUAUGUCGUAGCUGUGAUGUCGGUCCAUUGGUUGUCUUUAGAGAGUUAACGUUGAAACAAGAAAUUCCUGAUCAGACAAACGUGAUCUGCUGAGGACACAUGUGCUUUUGUAGAAUUUAACAUCUGGUGUUUUUCUGAAAUAUAUAUAAAUAUAUAUAUAAACAUAUAUUGCUUUAUUUGAAACAAAUUAAAAUAUGCUGCAUUUGA